UCUCUCCCCACCUACGCAAGUAGUACAGUAUGUGAUAGUGAAUAGUGAGUCAAACGUAAAGCACAGGAAAAGUCUUGUACCCAGAGAUGCAGAGAUUCGAUGACAUUGCUAUGUUUACCUUGUCCUCAAUUGCCUGUGGUUAUUCGAUGUUAUUCGGAUUGCGGUGACUGUUGUUGAAUCUUUGGAUUGCCAACAACAAUAUAUCGUCACUCGCUUGCAUCAGACCUACGGAUUCACAAGCUGCUUGUGAGGAGGUGCAACGCAACAGCAGAUUAACCAUUCAGCGUGCAUCCAACUUGCUAUUCCGUCUCCAGGCUGAGCUGAAGAGAGCACGAUCAGUGCGGAAUUACCUGCCACACCAACAGCUGUUGCGCCAGGCAGAGUCUACGAUGCAGAUCCUGGAAAGGUGGCGUGACAGGAAAGAGGCAUUUGCAGAAUGGAAGCAGACAUUGCUGGAAAUGAGAAAUCAUAUUUUUCAGGAGAAUGAUGACGAAGAUGGGUCUGAUCUUGAGAGUUUUUUGGGUCAAGACCAGCACUACUUUGGAUCUUUGAGUCCAGAUAUCAGGAAUCUGACGGUCCAAACACUGCUGGGCUUGGAUUCAAAGCAGGUUUUCAAGAGACUGACUGUGGUGCAGAAGGAGAGAAUCAUGCGAGUCCUCAGCCGGGGCAUUCAACUUGGCAAAACUCUGCUCCCGUUGGGGGACGAGAUAAAGGUCAAAGAUGUCAAUGUCGACAGGAUUCGUUCGAUUUUCACAAAGCAUCAGACGGAGCAGCUCUCGCGCCUAGCCGAGAAGUUUUCAGAGGGUCGGGUUCAACGAGCGCAAGAAACCGAUCCAGGCGAGUUUGACAUGCUUGAGAGCAAGGAAACAGAGGACCUGGAUGACAGCAUGUCGGCGGCUGCGGAGGCUGAGACUCCCAAGGAAGAGAAGCUGCUCGGGAAGGCGUUGCGGACUGUUUACAUCACAGGGCUGGCAGAGUCGCAGCGUUUGAUUUCUCGGGACGACUUGAAGGAGGCAUUGCGGCCGAUUGCAGAGGUGGACGGGGCGAGAGUAGGUGCUCAAGAUGCGUUGGUGCGCUUUGCCACAACUGAGCAAGCCAAGAAAGCCUUGGCUGUGCUGCAGCGCAGAGAGCUGUGCGUCAGACAUGCCGUGCUUGCUGGCCAGAUGGCUCCAUCAGAUCACUUGUCUGAAGAGGCCUUGGCUUUGGCUGGGGGACGGCCUGUAGAGACAGACAGGACUGAGACCAUGAAAGCUCUGCAGUCAACGCAAGUUGCCCAGUGCUCACAGUCGAACAAGGCUGGGAUGCUUCCUGCGGUGCUCCUCUUCAUGGCCAAGUGUUUCCUCCAGUUAGUCCUGGUUUUAAGACAAUCAAGAUCACAAACAAAUCAGCAAGAGGGUUUAUGCGACGUCCGGCGAUGUCCCCUUCGGCCACACUUGAAGGUCAUCCGAGCAUUAUUUAAUGCAACACUACCCAAACAUGCAUUUGUCUAUAUUGUUUGGUUAUUAGACAUCUAUAUACUUGGACCAACAGAAUCUACUUCACAUUGAUGAAACAUUAUAGACGUGACCGCCAGAUAGUCGUCGAGGCCCACAGUCUUGACCACAGGCUAUCACCAUGUCAAGAUUGAUCAAGGUGUAAAUCGCCUUGACAUUAUUGAUCAUUAAGGGUUGCAAGUGUGCAACCAUUGGCAUGGUUGGUCGCCUAGAUAGAACAGACACCUGCCCCAGACAAAACAAGGUUUACGCUGCAGAGCGGACGCAAAAGAUAAUAGUGCAAAAAAGAGGGGAAAGAAGGGGAAGCUUCUAAACGCGCCCGGAAGACAAGGCGAGACAAGAAUUCAACGACUGGCAAAGUUAUUGGUUGAUUUAUGUAAUCACGGCAUGACCCUGACAUGUUGAGGUCUAUGUUUCUGUGGGGAUGAUAUGCAGUAUUGAGGCCCCCCCUGGCAGGCACAUGACAGAAAACACACAAUUCUUUGGUGGUCAGUGUUGCAGAGAAACUAUAUAGUUGGGGAAAUACCAGUCUGUGUCGGAAAACAAAUUGCAAGUCGUGCAAACAGCCCCUUCUCCCAUACCAAAACCGUGGUGAAAGUUUCUUUCAGCUCAGCAGAAUGCACC